CAAUAUUCUGUCCGCGAUCUCCCUGCACACACCCGAUUGAAAUACCGGCAGGAAGGUCAGGGGAGACCCGAGGAACUCCAAGGCAAAGAUUUUAAGCGGGAUUUGGAAGAAAAAGAGAGGCUUGCAGCCCUUGAAAAAGCGAAAAAAGUAGGUUCCAGCCAUCCAACAUUGCCCUAUGCUGGGGAAAAGAGGCCUGCUCUUUCUGAUGCAGAUCGCUCCAGCAGUUCAACUAAACGCUCAAAGCAGUCUUCUGGGCCUGCUUCUAACGUAGCUUCUGUUCCGACGGCAAAUCUUGAUGCCGACGAUCCUUGGGAAGAAGAUUAUACGGAAGAGGAACCCAAAGUACUAAAAGGUGAUGCGUCCUCGGAAUCGGAGGAGAAUGAAGAUAGCGACGAUGAUGAAGAUGAGGAAGCCCUUCUUGCUGAGUUGGCCAAAAUUAAGCGUGAACGUGCCGAGGAGGCGAUACAGGCUGAGGCAGAAAAAAAAGCUGCUGAGGAAACGAUCAGAAUGGAGAACAUUCUUAAAGGCAACCCUCUUCUAAUUAACAAUAAUACAUCGGAAUUCAAGAUUAAGCGUCGCUGGGAUGAUGACGUGGUCUUCAAAAAUUGUGCCCGUGGUGAGGUCGAUCAUUCAAAGCGCGGAUUCAUCAACGACACGCUGCGGUCAGAAUUUCACAAAAAGUUCAUGCGGAAGUAUAUCCAAUAA